UGCCCCUCCCGCCUCGGGCGGAAGCGGCGGGGCCGUGGAGGUGAGGAGCGGCGGCCGAGCGCUGGGGACGGGGACGGGACCGGGACCGGGGCCGCCUUCCGUCGCCACCGAGCCGCCUGCCCGCCCCGCUCCUACCCCCGAGGGCGGCGGCAGGCGGGCCCCUUCCUGCCCUCGGCGCUCCUGCGGGCUGUGCGGCGCUCGGGGCCCGCGGCGGGUAAAAUAUUACCCUGCUGAGGUAAUACAAAACAAAAUGCUAAAGCAGCUUGGAAUGUAUGACUUCUGUAAAGCAUCAGGAAUGGAAUCUGCUGGCGAUCAGCAUCUGCUCCAACUGUUAAGGAAUCAGAAGAGAACUCACCAUAUUCAAUAUGUUUGAAGAAAUGUAGGCAAAUAAAUCUGUAAAUUAACCUUCCUCAAAAAUACUAUCUUCAUGUCGCUCUCUCGUUGGCCAGUAAGUAAAGUGAGGGAUAUCUCAAGGAAGUCAAAGAUAACAUACCUUCCAAGGAAGCCCAUGUAGAGAGAGCGAGAAGGCAGUGGUUUGUUUUAUAAAAGGAUGGUGGACGUCUCCAAAAUCUGCAAGGAACAGAAACAGAAGGAAAAUGGAACCACUUCCUAUACAACUAGAAAAGAGACACCAUAGAAAGGACCAGCCUGAUGGGGAGAAGAGAGCCCAUGCACCCCUUUUCCCUUCUGUCCAUGAGAAGCAGGUGACAUAAACAGGGCAGGUAUCUCUCUAAAGAACAGAUCCUGGAUUUAAUUUAGAAGUCCACCUCAAAUGUUUUUGAGGCUGUCAGGGAAAGACACCUUGUUGAAGAGACUUUGUAUCUUGCGAGACCCGUCAGACUCCAGUGAAGAUGGCCUUCACAGGAACACGAGUGGGAAAUCUCCCUGUGUUUUGCUUAGUAAUUGCAUUACCCAGGUAAUGGCUGUCAGAUACGUUUGAGCAGGGCAACUUGGAGGAGAAUAGCACUCACUUGCCUACUGGUUGGUUGCUGUGGGAAAGGGGUUAAUAAGCAAGUCUCACAAGUAGGAAAAAAUUGGAUAGAACAUGGUACUCUAUGAGAAGAUUUAUUACAUAAUAAUUUUUGCAUGCACAAGUUAGGCAAUAUUUUACAAAACUCACUGUGUUCUGAGGAAUAGCAAAAAGGAAUUUAAAAGUGCAAGAUAAAUUCAGUGUCUUGUUUGAUCUUUAAACAGCUUUUAGGGGAGGUGCUGAAGUCCGUUUGCAGGUGGCCAGAGCAGGGAGAGGAAUAGGAGGGUGAAAUGCUAUGCUUUGCCUUUAAGGGCUCAAAAUAAACUGGAACAUAAGGUGGAGGGAUUUCCUGGGUUGCUGCAGCCUUCAGCCUUUGCGAAUGCUUUAUGAUAUAAUUCCCUUCAUAAAUGUAUCAAGUUUCAUCUUAAGAUCUUUUGCCACCAUUAUUCCCACCGGGAAGCUGUUCCCAGAACCUUAUUCUGAUUUUCAUGCUAAAUAUAUUUGUGACUAGUCUGUAUCCAUUUACUCUUGUGCCAGCAUAGGCCUUAAAUAGCUCCUACUCCACAGCAUUUGCCCCUUUUUUACCCUUUGUGUGCUUACAGGCAGAAAUGUCCCCCUUAGCCAUCGUCUGGCUACACUAAGCUAGCUGAGCUCCCUUAACUUUCCACUCUCCCUCAUCCUAGCAACGACUUUCUGCUCCAGUUUCGUUAUUAUUUAUUUCUCUUCGAUAUAGAUGACCAGAGUGGUAUGCAGUGUUCCCCAAAGGUAUCUUGCCAGUGCCAAGGACAAUGGUAUUAGUCCCUUCCAAACUCUGCUAGGAGAAUUGCUCCCAACACCUCUCAGGGCCUUGUUUUCAUGAUCACUCUGGCAGCUAAUAGUUAUUCUGGGAUCAAUUCCUGUGUGUGCAGUGAGGUCGUACUGUUCCUUUCCCAAACUUCAAAUGGAUGAAAUGAACCCAUGAAACCUACUUUUAGGUCCUGGACUCAGAGGUUAUCACAGAUAUGGCUAGCAAAUCAAGACCAUCUUUGAAGACAUUUUUGAAAGUCCUCAGGUCCUAAGACGGCAGCUCUUUUUAACAUUGGGCUACGUGUAUGUCGCUAGGAAGUUAUUAUGGCUUAAUUGAAAGUCUUUUUGCUAGAUUCCCAAUUCCAAGUCAGACGAAGGCUAAAAAGCAGUCUGAAUAGUAGAUCUCUAUCCGUGACCUUCUAGUCCUGUAGUCAAGAGCUGCAUUUUCCUAGAGUCCAACCAAGUCAUCCAUACAUUUGAUUUGAUAUUUUUCAACUUGGGGGGGAAAAUUUGCAAUCUCAUUUUUUGAUAUAAUAGAAAAAAAAAAAAAGUUCACUUUUUUUUUCCCACAGCUGCAAAACCAAAAUUAAUAGUCUACUGCAUGAGUUUCAACUUAUGUUACCACUUUCUAGAUCUCUCCUUAAGUAGGAAGCAUACUCCAGGAUCCAGAGUAGCCAAGUAGCCUGCCAAGUGCUUGGGGACAGCAGCUGCCACAAAGACUUUUUUUUUUUUUUUUUCCCAGUAUAAACCCAUGAUUUCCAGUACAUUUCUCUUUCAGACACAUACUUCUACUAGAAGUUAGAAAUUGAAAACUAAGGCCUGAUUCACACUGACAGUGAAAAGGAACGGUCAGUCAGCAGGAGGCUGGUAGUCUCUCCUGGCUCCUGCAGCUCCUGAUGGACCUGGCACACGGACAGCACCAGCGAUGGCAAAGCAACACCUUGUCAUGGCCAGGUCUGUGCAAAGAGGGAAAGCGUCAGGAGGAUGGAGACUUCAUGGAAGGUUCUGUAGGAUCCGCUUCUAGAAUGAGUUAAGUCCUAUGUUGACCCUUCAGCAACGUAAAGAUUUUGAGGGUGUGUAUUGAGGAAAGCGGGAUGAACUUGGCGUUGCUCACCAUUUUUAAGAAAUUUCAUGACAUUAUAAUGUCUCAAUAUUUUGAGAAGUUAUGACCCAAUCCAAUCUAUGCAUUCUGCACAGUAUAAACUAGCGGAAUCGACCUCGCCUUCAGCCUGACCCUGGUCAGCUUUUGAAAAAUAGCAUCUCUCAAAACUUAAGUAUUUUUCUGCAGAGGAUUUCUUUCAAAGGUUACUGCUGCAGCUGUCAAGUAGCAGUGACAAAACGCUGGUUUUGAGCUUUUAUUGCUUGUAUGUAUGUUUUUGUUUCUCCUUAAUUGCAACAAAACAGAUCACUUUUUUAAGUGCGGGGCGAAGAACAGAAGGGUCCUAAAUAUUUUCCUACAGUAAUGAUAAUUCAAACACAAUAGCGUUUUCCUAGUGCAUGAAAUGCAGACAGUGAAAUUAUCCUUUUUCUAUUCAAAAGGGGAGAUUGCAAGAACGAGUAGCAGUCUCAAAUUAAUAGCAAAAGCUGUCAGCAUCACUGACUGCAUCUAGUUAAUUUUUAGAACAUCAAAGGGAAACUGUUCGCAUAUUCUACAGAGAUUAAAAAAAAAAAGACUCUAGAAGAUUGUAAUCUUUUUUACUGUCAAAGACUGGAGGAGCAGCAGAAAAGGAAGGCCUUCUGUAAACCAAUAGGUGCGUGUAAACAUUGGUACGCUUAUUUUCUGAUUAAAUGCACUCUAUUUGGAAGAGCUAUGGCACACAAAACUAUAAAGGGGAAAUACUGAUUUGUCAGUACUGAUGAAGAAACUAUAGUUGUUUCAAUACUUUUUUAGUUUUGGGAGGGAUGGAGGAUGGGGGGGGGAGUUGGUGUACAUUAAUCCAAUAAAUGGAACCAAACCAAAACUGCUGGAAUGGUACUUUGGUAAAAUCACAGUCGCUCUGAGAACGUUUUUUUUUUUUUUCACGUGGAUUGAAUGAUGGCAACGCCACGCACCGCCGAUGCGGUGGUGGGUGGAUGGAUCCCACUCGGGUCACUGGAGAGCGUGCCUGGGUGUCGGCAUGAGCCUGGUCAGCUGCAGGAAGGAAAUUCAGCAUCACGCUUUCUACCUGGGGCGGUGUUGGUGGAGAAAUCUCAGAGCAGAAGCAGCGGAUCUGCUCAACGGGUUCUCACCUGCAAUACCCACCGGGAGUUUCCGUGGGCUGCUCGCACCCCAAGCACCGCGCCUUCCCAGCUUGAGCAAUAGUUUAACCUCCAACGCGUCGCUGUUUCCGAGAGAGGAGGAAGCGGCGGCUCCGCCCCGGCCGGGCGGAACCUUCGUGCGGCGGCGGCGGGAUCCGGCCGGAGCGGGGAAGCGCGGAACGUGCCGCCGCCGCCGCCGCCUGCCUUCCUCCGCUCCCCUCCGCCUCCCUCCGCCCUUCGCCGCCGGCCGCGCGUCCGAGGGAGCAGCCCGAGGGUGUGGAGAGACAAAAUGGUCCACGCCGAAGCAUUUUCACGUCCCCUGAGCCGGAAUGAAGUGGUUGGAUUAAUUUUUCGUUUAACCAUAUUUGGUGCUGUAACAUAUUUUACCAUUAAAUGGAUGGUUGAUGCCAUUGAUCCGACGAGAAAGCAAAAAGUAGAAGCUCAGAAACAGGCUGAAAAACUAAUGAAGCAAAUUGGAGUGAAAAAUGUCAAGCUUACCGAAUACGAAAUGAGUAUUGCUGCCCAUCUCGUAGACCCGCUUAGCAUGCAUGUAACCUGGAGUGAUAUUGCAGGCUUAGAUGAUGUUAUUACCGAUUUGAAAGACACUGUCAUUUUGCCUAUCAAGAAAAAAUACUUGUUUGAGAAUUCCAGGCUCUUACAGCCACCAAAAGGAGUACUUCUCUAUGGCCCUCCUGGCUGUGGCAAAACGCUGAUCGCCAAAGCUACAGCAAAGGAAGCAGGUUGUCGAUUUAUUAAUCUCCAGCCUUCAACACUGACGGACAAAUGGUAUGGAGAGUCUCAAAAGCUGGCUGCUGCUGUCUUCUCCCUUGCUAUCAAGCUCCAACCGUCCAUCAUUUUUAUUGAUGAAAUAGAUUCCUUCUUGCGGAGUCGAUCGAGUUCUGACCAUGAAGCUACAGCUAUGAUGAAAGCUCAGUUCAUGAGUCUGUGGGAUGGACUGGACACGGAUUAUAACUGCCAGGUGAUUGUGAUGGGAGCCACCAACCGUCCUCAGGAUCUUGACUCUGCAAUCAUGAGAAGAAUGCCGACCCGGUUUCACAUCAACCAACCUGCCCUGAAACAAAGAGAAGCAAUCUUGAAGCUCAUUUUGAAAAAUGAAAAUGUGGACAGGCACGUAGAUCUCCUAGAAGUUGCUAAAGAGACCGAUGGCUUCUCGGGCAGUGAUCUGAAAGAAAUGUGCCGGGAUGCAGCACUGCUCUGUGUCAGGGAAUACGUUAACUCUGCUUGUGAAGAAGAGACCCACGACGAAGAUGAAAUUCGGCCCGUGCAGCAGCAGGAUCUCCACAGGGCGAUUGAGAAGAUGCGAAAGUCGAAGGAUGCCACGCUGCAGAAUGUUUUGAUGCACGUUAGUUUAGAUUAAGACACCAAGGGUGUGUUUGCAGUUUCUGAUGUGAUUUUUAGUUUGCCUUCUGUAAUCAGUUAGCAAAAACAAUGUCGGGGGGGUGGGAGCGGGGGGAGGUGUUCCUUGAAUAAGGGAGUUCCGUUUCUGGAAUUGUUUUUUUUUUAUACGGCCGGUUCUAAGUUAUUGAAAUCCAGUCACGCGCGAGGAGAAGGGCAGCGCCCGGUCACCAGGUGGAACAAUUACAGCCCAGACCAAGCGCAGCCGCCCGUGUCCUGUCCCGUAACUGAGAGGCUGGUGCAGCCUCACAGCAGGUCCGGACGUGGCGCACGGGGCCACGAGCCGCUCCCGCUUCCUGUAUAGACGUACGAGCGCGCGUGUCUGCGUUACCUGUACAUAGCCACCCAGUUUUUUAUAUAUAGACACCACCUGUAGAUAACUCGCGUAUGGAAAACCUUUUCUACUUCCUGGAUCAAACCGAAUCAAGAGAUGUAUAGAUUAAAGAUUCGUCGAUACUCGGUUCACAUUUACUCCUUCCUUUUAGCACCCAAUACGGAGAUAGAAAUGCUGCUUCUAGAAGGACUUGCGGGCAAAAUUUGGAAUGUUACUGGUUUUUCUUUCACGUGACCACCGGGAAUCUGGUGCCGUUUAGUAAAAGGCGGUAAACUGCUGUAAAAAUGUUUGAAUACUUUUAAUUUUGUAUGAAUUCUGCUUUUUUGCGGCUCUUUAAAUGAACGCCCCUUUUGUUUUUAUUUUUCCCUCGAUGCGAGUAAUUAGAGUCGAGUCUUAACUGGUCCUUCAUGAAGUCCCACCUAUUAUAAGCUCUCUGGAAUUGUGGCUUUCUGAUCUAUUACGCGUUGCAACGAGGGCUCGCUGCUAUUUAAUCUCGGGAGGACCCCCUGCUGCACCGUGCCAUCCUACCACGAAGCCUCAGUCGCGUCGCUCGGGGGCGCGGGGGCCACGGUUCCCGGUGUUCUGCUCUGUCACCUGCUCUGAUCGGCGAAACCCGGGGGAAAGGGACGGGGUUCGGGUUUAUAAAUGUGAUUUAGCAACGUUCUCCUGUACUUGCUGGCAACAGUUUCGGUAAAUUCAUGUACUGUUAUGUAGUGAUAAAGGCAAAGGGUUAAAGAUGUAAGUGGCAAAA